CGCUAUAUAUUUUUUGAAGUAAGAAUUGUGCUCCAUUUUCCUAAACUACAAGCACGCCCAGUCAUUUUCACUCUGAUUUGGAAAUACUUUUGUAAGUCUAAACAAAUCCACAAAAUUUCUCAUUAUGAGGCAGCAGCUGCUGGACGAGGAGUUCGAGAAUCUGCGACGCGUAGCCUUGGCCAUUUGCGAAAAUCUAGGAAGGCCAAAAGAUCGGGAGAUAUGUAGAAGCACCCUGGAGGAUCUCGUCAAGUUCCACCAGGCUUCGUCGAUCAGGAUUAAGGAAAAUGUGCAUAUUUUCCUGAUGUUCUAUCUGAAAGUUCUAAGAUGGACGCACAAGAAUCAGCCUUCGGAUUUGUAUCGCAAAUGGUAUGGUCAAGACUUUGGCAAUUCGGCCGCCAACUCUGUCGAUGAAAUGCGCGUUUGGUUAGAGGAGGGAAAGUCCUUCUACGCCACGAAGACGUUUGAAGACGGUUCCAUCACCAUUUACUCAGCGGUGGUCAAAGAUCCGAAAGCUGGUUGGUCACAAAACGGUCUGAAAACUCUAAUGGAAACGCAAGCCGGCUGCGUUUUAGAUCGAAAUGAAAUUUGAAUGGUUUAAUAUUCUUAAUAUAGUAUAUAUUUCCACUUUAGGUGCUUAACUCGA